GCGCACACACAGGCGCACAGGACAGUCAACAGUACCUCUCGCUCGCUCUGUCUGCAUGGAUGUUGUGUUGGGCACUCUGGAGAAUGCUGCUGAUGUAAACACCUUAUCCUGGCUCCUCUGAUCUGGGUUGCGAAUGCUGAGCACUGUAUUUGCCUGUUCUGAAGCUCUGUGAAUGGUUUAUCAACAGGGGAGCGAUUGACUGAGGGAAGUUCCCCCAGCUUUCCUAGAGACUGAGCAGGGAUUUCUCUGAGAAGAUGAGCACAAAGUGGAGCACCGGUAGAAUGACUGCUCCCCCCGAAUUCAGCUAGAGAGCGCGGCUUGCUCCCUCGCCCAUAUACAUGACGGGAAGAUGACCAUCACAAGUCGACAGUCCUUCAAUGUUCUGACAGUCAUUUUCCUUCUGCUGUCGACAGCAGCUCUCUCUGCUCAUUUCAGAGUCUGUGAGCCCUACACAGACCACAAAGGACGCUAUCAUUUCGGCUUCCACUGCCCACGCCUCUCUGACAACAAAACCUACAUCUUCUGCUGUCACCAUAACAACACAGCCUUCAAGUACUGCUGCAACGAGACCGAGUUCCAGAACAUCAUGCAGAUCAACCUAACAGGGACCAGCGACGGCUAUGGGCACAAUAACUACAGUGCCCUGGUUGGAGUGUGGAUCUAUGGCUUUUUCAUUAUGGUGCUGCUUGCCUUGGACUUUCUCUACUACUCUGCCAUGAACUAUGAGCUGUGCAGGUACUACUUAGUGAAGUGGGGGUUCGGGGGCCGGUGGCUGAAGCAGGGGCAGAGCCAGUGGAGCAGCCCGGUCCAGGGGUCCAGCCAGCCCCCCUCACAGCCCCCUCAAGCCUCACAGACGGGGCACAGCCUGAAGCCAGAAGCACAGAGCCCCACCCUCAUGUCCUUCCAGAGCUCCACUGCCUGAAAGACGAAGCACAGCGAUGAAAAUGGACAGCAAAAGCAGUUCUAGGGUGCCUGUGCGAGGAGUGGAAUGCAGUGUAGGAGAUUAGAAGAAGCUACAGCUUGUAGAUGCCGGUGGAGACGUCCACUGGAUUACUGUGACUGCAGCAUCACGAGUACAACCUGUAAUCAAUGUGAAUGUGGUGUGUGAGCAAUAGAGUUUGUGUAGAUGAAAUACCUGUGCUCUGUUUCCAUCAUGUGGUCUUAUCGAAGCUGUGCCCCAUCACAGACAAGACAAUCACCGUUAGAGAGUAGAGGCUGCAAACGCCUGUUCUGUGGAUAUUUACAGUAUAGAAGAGGCUGCUUCUGCAAUCAGGCCAUGAAACAGCAUCAAUAUUUCAUUUUAGAAUUGCACUCCAGCACAUCCAUCUAGUUUAAUUUGUAUUUAUUUAUAGAUUAAUGUGAACUGGUCAGGAAAGCUGCACCAGGGACUAAUCUUGAGGAUGAAUCCCAGCAGUAAUAACUGGGUGUAAUGCAUCCCUCUGGUGUGAAAUGAAAUGCGUUCACUACUGGAAUCACUGAUUAGAUAUACCGGUAGCUACAUCUGGAGGUAAUGUAUUAACUUAACUUGCAUUUGCAAAGCAUAACCCUUCAUCUGUAAAAUGAUGUGUAUCCAAAACACUGGUGGUAAUGUAUUAGUGUGCAGAUUAUGCCAUAAUGCUCCAAACAGUAGUAAUUCUAACAUCGGACAGCAGUAUUGAGUGCUUGUGAAAUUAAAAUUCAGAUUUCAUUGAGAAUUUUUUUUUUUUUAGGUUGUUGUCUGAACCUUUUAAUGAUAUUAUAACUAGCAAGCAAUAGUUACUGUAAUUUCAAGCAUGAUUACAUUACCAAACAGCACUUAUGAGCCACCUAAAACAUUCGGGUUAGCAUGCAGUAUUUAUCCACGACAUACUUCAUCCGGGUUAGCAUGCAGUAUUUAUCCACGACAUACUUCAUCCGGGUUAGCAUGCAGUAUUUAUCCACGACAUACUUCAUCCGGGUUAGCAUGCAGUAUUUAUCCACGACAUACUUCAUCCGGGUUAGCAUGCAGUAUUUAUCCACGACAUACUUCAUCCGGGUUAGCAUGCAGUAUUUAUCCACGACAUACUUCAUCCGGGUUAGCAUGCAGUAUUUAUCCACGACAUACUUCAUCCGGGUUAGCAUGCAGUAUUUAUCCACGACAUACUUUUUUAGUCAAAUCCUACGCCAAACGAAUGAUUUGAAAAUUGGAGUUGGGUAGAUAGAUACUAUACCGAGACCCCUGAUUAAACAUGUCAUUAUUUCCCAGGGUUGUUAAAGAAGCAGCAUUACCAGAGUAGACAAUCAAGACGAGCCUUGCUUCGUAUUCCCAUGCAUUCGCAAACAUAAAGGCCUUUAGAGAAAGUCUUCAGACUCGGGUUUGAGGAAUGAUUGAGCUCAGCCUUGCAGGAGUAGUUAUCGUGUUAGAGAAGACACCAUUGUUAAUUACACUGCUAUUGCCAUGAAUCAAGAAAUGCAGCACCUGCGUUCUUUCCUCUUCUAUGGCGGCUUUCCAGAUGCUGUAAAUAAGCAAGUAUUAUUAAUAUGAAUUUUGUACUGCGUCCUUCAUAACAGCAGCCUGACCUGUUCCUUAUGGCUGAUCAGCAAUGCUAAUCACAAGGUAAGGGGAAAUGAACUCGCAGUCUGUACAGCACCUGCUCUCAACUUUAGAUCUAUUCAGUGAGGCUUGCUUAUUUCAAGCUCUCUCAAACUUUAAAUUUCUUACCAUUAAAAAAAAAAGAAGCAGAGCAGCAUCUGGGCACUAGGUGAACCCUGACUAGAGCCGAUGAAAGCAACCUCCUGAAGGGAGAUAGUUGGGAUUGUUUGCUCAAUCAGUAAAUGUAAUGCUGCAGCCUCCUCUGCGCUGAGUUAGCAAGGUUAAUGCAACUUGGAAAAGCUCUGUUGUAAAGGGAGAUGCAAACUUCCUUGAUACUUGCAAAAGGUUAUUUUCCAAAGAGGAAUUCAUUCUCUGAUUGUCUUGGAGUUACAAGCUCUACUCUGCUAGAGCAUGCUCCCGGGAAUGUCAUUGUAGCUCUGAGCAAGCUAGUGGUGUUUAAGAGUAAUGUGAUGAGGCAAACCCCUGUGUGCUCCCCUCUCUCCGCCCCUGUUUAUAAAAUUGUUAUUAGUGAUGAUACAGUGGUUAUACUGACAACUUGCAAAUAGAGAAGAAACAAUGGAGAAAGGGACCCAGUGAACUCCUUUCCAUAUAGUAACAUGUAGUUCAUUUCCAAUGCACAGCUCCAGUCCAGUGCAGCACAGAUCUCUUUACAGUCCUACCUUGCACAAGACGUCACAUUUGCCCCUGCUUGUUAGGAGGAGAAAUUACUAAAUAAAGAGUGGGGUGGUGCCUCGUACUGUAGUUGACUAUAGAGUUAUUGUCCUUGCAUGCAGUUCUUGCACCAGAGGGUGUGGCGAUUGUACACCUGAGUGCAUAACAAAGCAGAGCAAGGUAUGAGGGCUGGCACAAGCCGUUUCAGUGGGGUUGUCGCUCGUCAUGUGCUGUUGGUCAGGUUUGCAAAGAGUUCCACAUUUUGGACCAUGAUGCCUGAAUGCUGUUGCUUUCUAAUGAGAGCAUGAUCUGAGCUCAGUUACAGCCAGGUAAAAGAUACUGGACCCUGACUGGUCGAGAUGCUUUCAGCAACAUACAAGACAAAAGUUUUUUCUCACCUGCUCACCUGCUGUUGGCAUUUAAGAUCAGGGAAUCUUUCAUGGUCUUUAGUUCCAAUCCCAGGCAGAGAAGGCAUCACCCUAAUUAAAAGCAAUUUCCAAUAGCUGGAGCUGUUCAUGCAUGCACAGGUGGGGGCUUUCAUCAUGGUGCAGUGCAGAGCUGGCUUAUUAGGUGGAAAAGAUAAAGGUUCAGCACAAGCUGCUGUUAUUGCCAGAGGUCCCUGUGGAUAAGUAAUAAUCACAAAUGUUUGUGCAGAGCUACAGGCUACAGCAUCAUAGAAAAAUGAAGUGUAUGCAGGGCCAUUGAAAAAUAUAAAUAAAUGAGAUGUAAUGUAAUGAGAAUUCCUGAGCUCUUUCAACAUGUCUAACCCUGCUUCCAGCACAGUGUCUUAGAUAUGCAUACUAUAGCAGUGGCUGGUAACGAACUAGCUACAAAAGGGAUAAUUCAAAGGAAUCCAACAAACUGUGGUAAUUCAUGCUGUAUCAAGGGCAUCCAUGCUGUCAGUGAAAUAUUUCUCAUGCAUGUUGCCUUCUGUUAUCUUGUGAGUCCACGUGUCAAACCCCUUUGAGAGGCAGCGUUUUUGUGCCUGUAGCUUGAUUUGAUUUGCCUGUACCCUGAUAAGCCAGCUGGAUUCUGUUUAGAACAUUUUACAGCACUGGGGGAAAUCCCUGCAUUGCAUCAACCAUUGUACAAAAUUGAACGUGGUUGAUGCAAUCCCGGUGGAAUUCCUGAUGCUGUAAAAUGCUCAGGUCAAAAUCCAGCUGUGGUUUAUUCCGAUGCGCUAUACAGUAGGUUAACCAAUCAACUUCGCAGUGUCCUAUAUAAAGGGGCACUCCUAUUGGUGCACCCUUCAAGUUCCCCUUGCAAACACACAGAAAAGCACAAGCACACACACGUGCUAUAGAUGCUACUAUUUAUUGUAUUUAUUGUGGAGCUCUGAAGCAUAGUAUGUGCAUGUACCAUGUUGAUAUACACCUAACAGUCACACAUGAUAACAAACACACCAAGGGAAAAGAGCCCAUCACUUGUAAAUCACCACCAUUCCUCAUUGAUGUGUAAAAAUGUACAAUUUUAAUCUUUAAACAUGCUCCUUUCCUUGAAUCUGCUAUUCAUGGCUAUACUGUACAUGUAGUAUAUUGUAAUGCUUAUACUAAGAGUGGGGGCACACUGUACUGAUAUUGAUAGGGAAGUUGCAAUGCUAACAGUUGCCUUACAGCUGAUCUACACCUGUACCCAAUAGCUUUGUAGUGGCUGCUACAGUACAUGUUCCGGGUACAUUGUUAAUACAAGUCUAAUACUAUAUAUGAUUUAUUACUAGAUAUACUGUACAGUUUUAGUUUAAUUGUAAUUGCACUUGUUACAUUUGUAUUGUUACAACAGGGAGAAAUAAAGUAUAUAUCUUUUC